GCCGUGGGGUGAGGGUCGCGCGGCAAUGGAGCGAGUGGCGCCCGGGCGGAGGCGGAGGGGGCCGCGGUCUCGGCUGUUUGUUUAACCCGCCAGGCCUGGUCUCGUCCUCCUGCCUCCGCGUGUGCGGGGACGGGGCGCCCCUUCGUCAGCGGCAGGCCUCCGGGGGGGGGGGGGGUUGCCUAUGACUGUGCUUUUCCUGCGUGGGCCCCCGCCUGGACACGUGGCCUCCUUUUGAAAAGUGCGGCGUUUUCUUCCUCCUCCUCCUCCAGGCUUCCUUUGCGCGUCCCAGAUGAGAGGCGGCCUCGCUUUUGGAGGCCAAGAGGGACGGAGCCGCUCGUCUAAUUGCGGGUCAUCCCUUCGCCAGGCCUGGCUCGGAAAUGGCCACUUUAGCCUGCAAGGACUCUUAUUUGCAGCGACUUGCGAAGAAGAUUUGCACCCCGGAGAUUCAGGAACCACGAAAGAGGAAACCCGGUACAGGAACUGGAUCAGGGGAUGAUGGUGCUAAGCCAAAGAAGAGAAAGAGAAAGAAGCCAAAGAAUCGAGCUCAGGUUGUGGGGGUUCCCCCCGCAGGCAAACCAGCAGUGACUGAUGCCUGCAGAGUGGCAGCUGGGCCAACAACCUUGGGUCCAGGGCUCCGAGCUGCAUCAGGUGCCAGUGGAUCCGCAGCUGCUGGGGGGAAAGGGAGCGGAGGCCAGAAUGGCAUUUCAGGUGGCAAGAGUGGGCCUGAUUCUUUUUGCACCGUGACUUUCCUGCGCCAGAUGCUGCACAAGAAAAUACAAGAAGUCUCUGGUCAGGGACGGUCCAAAGAGCUUUCUCCGGCUGCACUGAAGAAGCAGCAGCGAAGGAGAUAUGAGAAGGAAAGAAAGAAACGCCGAAGAAAAGAAUUAAGAAUGGGGAAAACUGAAAAGAAAGAAGCAGAAGAGGUGUCAAUGGGAGCCACCUUGGAGCUCCCAGCUGCCAAGACUAAUUGCAAGUCUGAGAUUGUCUUCAACAAGGUUGAAGUGCAUGAAGGGCAGCUGAGCAAAGUGGAGAGGAGGAAAGAAAAGAGGCAGGCUUUGAAAGGCAACCUCACUCCCCUGACAGGGAAGAAUUACAAGCAGCUGUUGAGUCGGCUGGAGAUACGGAAGAGCAAGUUGGAAGACCUGAAGGACAAGAAUGAGAAGAAGGCCCAGGAGCUGGAGACCAAGAUGAGGUGGACCAACGUCCUCUACAAAGCCGAAGGCGUCAAGAUUCGGGAUGACGAGGACCGGUUGAAGGCGGCCCUCAAGCGGAAGGAGCAGCGCAGGGCCCAACGCCAGAACCAAUGGGAGAAGCGAACUGAGCAAGUGGUGGAGAAGAUGCAGGAGCGCCAGGACAAGCGCCACAAGAAUCUCCAGAAGAAGAAGCUAGCUAAGAUGGAACGAAAGAAAAGCAAGGCCCGCAAGAAGGGCCGUGUCUUGCCAGAGGACCUUAAAUGAGCUGGACUUGGGGGAUAUCUCACCUGCUGCAAAAUGAACAUUAAUGGGACAUUAAUAAAACAAUUAAUGGACAUUA